AUUGCAAGUUGGUGACUGCUGAUAUAAUACUAUGCUACCAUGAAUUAUAAUCUUUAUUCCAUUAUCAGUUGAAAGAAGAUGGCAACUCUUGUAAUAGUAACAAUCCUUCUUGGUUUAUGUCUGUUGGUUUAUGUCUUGCGAAAUCUAGUUCGAUUGAUUAAGAGAGUAUGGUUCAAUCCAAUACGUGUACGUCACCUCAUGUCUUCCCAAGGCAUCAACGGCCCUCCGCCCAGAUGGCUGUAUGGAAACACGAAGGAGAUUAUGGAGAUGAGAAGGGAGGCGACCGGACAAGCAAUGGACGACAUCUCACACAAUAUAUACGCGAGAAUUCUGCCUCAUGUGCUUUCGUGGACACAACAGUAUGGUGAAAACUACCUCAACUGGUACGGUUUUCAACCACAGUUGGUAGUUACCGAAGCAGAACUUGUUAAGGAAAUACUAAACAACAAAGGCGAUGACUACCCAAAAAUAGAUCUUGAAGGUUUUGCAAAGAAGUUGCUGGGAGACGGCGUCUCAUCAUCUAAAGGACAAAAGUGGAAAAGGAUGCGAAAGCUUGCCAAUAAUGCUUUCCACGCGGAGAGCUUGAAAAAUAUGAUUCCUGCAAUGGUCACAAGUGUGGAGGCGAUGUUAGACAAGUGGAAGAGCUACGAGGGCAAAGAGAUUGAGGUGUUUGAAGAGUUCAAGGUAUUGACAUCACAGGUUAUUUCAAGGACAGCCUUUGGCAGCAACUACUUGGAAGGGCAGAACAUAUUUGAUAUGUUGACGAAGUUAACGUUGCUUCUUUCACAAAACACUCUCAAGAUUAAGUUUCCCGGCAUGAGCCUGUUCUUGACAGACAAAGACGAGGUUGAAUCAGAGAAACUAGAGAAAGGGAUCCGCGACUGCAUCAUACAGAUAAUAAACAAACGAGAAAAGCAAGGAAUUUCACUAAAAGAUUUUCUUGGAAUGCUGUUAGAAGCUAAUCUGGACAAGGAUCAAAACAGUAGGAUCUCUAUGGAAGACAUAGUUGAUGAGUGCAAGACAUUCUACUUCGCUGGGCACGAAACAACGACAGCAUUGCUAGCAUGGACUGUGCUUCUUCUUGCCAAGAACCAAGAAUGGCAAGACAAAGCAAGGGACGAGGUUACUGAUGCGUUCGGGCAGCUGAAUCCUAGUGCAGACGGCAUUGCAAGACUAAAAACAAUGAACAUGAUCAUAGAAGAAUCACUGAGACUAUACCCUCCAGUGCCGUUAAUCAAGAGAAAAGUGGAUAAACGAGUUAAGCUUGGGAAGCUAACUCUACCACCUCAAAUGGAGCUAUAUAUUUCUCCAUUAGCAAUGCAUCAUGAUCCUAAAAUAUGGGGAGAAGAUGUUCAUCUUUUCAGACCAGAGAGAUUUGCACAAGGGACUGUGAAGGCGACUAACAAUAAUCCUAUUGCGUUCUUGCCAUUUGGGUUCGGACCAAGAACUUGUCUUGGACUAAGUUUUGCCACUGUGGAAGCAAAAAUAGCACUUUCAAUGAUUCUGCAACAUUACCGGUUGAUCCUUUCGCCUACAUACACUCACUCUCCAGUUCAAGUGCUUAUGAUCAUUCCGAAACAUGGAGUUCAAGUUAUUCUCCAGAAAAUUUGACACAAUAUUUCUCAAUCAAUAAGUAUGUGUGAACUUGUGGUUAUUCCUUCUAAUACCGUUAUAAUUGUAACUAAUAAAUAAAUAUGAGUGAUUGUUAAAUUGAUUUUUGAUCAAGAAUUUAGCACUACUACCU